AUGGGGAGUUUGAACAACUUGCCCAACCUCAACAAACAGUAUGGGCUGUCCAAGGGUGGAAAUGAGGCCCUUUUCGUGAUCGAGGCCUACCGGACUCUCCGUGACAGAAGCCCAAUUCCGGCCCAUCAGGUCCUGAAGGAGCUCGAGGGCAGUUUCGGGUUUGUGAUCUAUGAUCACAAGUAUGGGAUUGUGUUUGCUGCCCUUGGUUCGGAUAAGGCAGUGAAUAUGUUCUGGGGUGUAACGGCCGAUGGCUCUGUAAUGAUCUCAGACGAUGUUGGCCUAAUUAAAGCAAGCUGCAUCAAAUCUUUUGCCCCAUUCCCUAACGGAUGUAUGUACCAUAGUGAGAGGGGUUUGAUAAGCUUUGAGCACCCAAUGCAUAAAAUGAAGGCUAUGCCCAGAAUUGAUAGUGAAGGGGCAAUGUGUGGGUCUUAUUUCACGGUCGAUGCUUAUUCCAAGAUUAAUAGCAUGCCGCGCGUUGGGAGUGCCGCCAACUGGGCUACCUGGGGCUGA